AGUCCAUACGAAUCUGUCGCGUUGUUUUUUUCAAGAUGCGGUUAGAAUCAGACCUAGUUUCACUAUCAGAACAUUUGCCGCUUUUUAUAUGACACGUGGACAAAUAUUGGCCGAUACUGGGAAUGAUCCUCCUGCGAGUCGUUGGAGUCCGUUUCUCUGGCGCAUAAGGAAACGAUCUCGCACACAUAGACACACAGAGUCUACUUCGCUCGCUGUCUUCCUCUCCCAUAAGCACACAGUCGCAUUGAGUGUUUUGCUGCUUCAAGCCUUCAACCAGGUGCGAUCACGGCUCUUUUGGACAAUACGCUUUCCUCUUCCUAAAGGAGUUUUCAUCAUGGAAUGUCAAAUGACAAGUUUUCUAAGGGGUUGUCCUGAGAAGCACAACUUAUGGUUUUCUUGGUGUUCAAGAAAGUUGGAGCAGGAAAAUAACCAGAGAAUUUCAUGUAAUGUGGCUCUUUGUAAUUUAAGGAUAGGCUCCCAACAUUUAAAAUUUCUACGUCAUGCUUUUGUAAGGAGAUUUCCAAUGCAACAGUCAUCUUGGAGAACAUUUUCCAUGCCUGUUAGUUUGGAGAAGGAAUCUUCGUUAUCGACCGAAGACCCAAAUGACAGUGAUGAAGUUCCUGACAAAGGCUCAUCUGAGGAGCUUCUUUCUAAGCCAUUGGACAGUGAUAAGUUGAAGUCACUUCUGGCUGAUUCUGAAAGAAAAAAACUUACUAGAAAGCUAAGUGAAGCUAAUCAACACAACCGAUUUCUCAAACGACAGUUGCAAGUAAAGGAAGAUGCACUGGUUAACUUCAAAAGUGAACUUGCUGACAUGGAACUUGAAGUUCAGGCUUUGGUCAAAUUGGCAGAAGAAGUAGCCAAGACUGGUAAUUUGGAAGCCUCAAGAAAGAUUAAUGGGAAAUACAUCCAAUCCCACCUACUUUCAAGAUUAGAAGCUGUUCAUGAGAAGAUGAAAGAACAAAUGAAGGAUGUGGAAGCUGCACAAUCAAAGGAGGUACAAUUGUUCUGGUGCGGAAUGGCAGAGAGUGUGCAAGUAAUGGGGAGCUUUGAUGGGUGGAGUCAAGGAGAGCACUUAUCACCAGAAUAUAGUGGUUCUUUUACUAAAUUCUUUACGACAUUGAAGCUUAGACCAGGAAGAUAUGAGAUCAAGUUCUUGGUGGAUGGAGAAUGGCAGUUAUCACCAGAAUUCCCUACCAUAGGUGUGGGAAUGUUGAACAAUAACUUGUUAGUCGUCGAAUAAAUCCAAGUUUCCAGAGCAAAUCAUGCAAAAAUGUACCUGCUACUGUUCUGAUCUUUAUAAUUAGUAAGAACUACUAUUUCCAGGAUAUGUUAUCCAUGUUAAUCAUAUAUUUAUUUAGUAUUGGUAUAAAAUUUCAGUUGCCAAGUUAUUCUA